AUGGCGGCCAGAGGCAAAAAAACGAGGAGGAAAACGACUGAGGCAACAUUAGAGAGGGAAUACUCACCAAGGGCCGGCCCAAGUCGCAAGGCCUCGGCGGGGGGAGAGGAGCCGGAGGAGAGGAGCCGGAGCCUCCGGACGCAGCUACCACCUCCCCGGCCAUCUUGUGCGGAGUGCGCGAGGGAAGAGCCUGCUUUAGCAGCCCAAGUGGUGUCGAACUGCUUCAAGCCCCCGGUGCAGACGCAGCCCUGGCUCCUCCCCUCGGGCUCCUCCUCCUGCGUCUCUGAUCCGGAGCCGAAGCGGAGGCAGGAGCAGCCGCCGCCGUCCCUCCCGGUGCGCUCGCUCUCCUUCCUCCUCGGGGCCAGGAUGCUCUCCUCCGUCCUCCUCCUCUUCUCCUUCCUCCUCCUCCCCGCGUCCUCCUCGGCGGCGGUGCCCCCCGUGCCCUCCAACGCCACCGCCGACGCCCGCCCGGCCUUCUCGGAGCCUCCUCCCGCGGGAAACCGGAGCGACUCCGGAGCCGGCGCCCGGCUCAGCCCGGUCUCGGCUCUGCUGCGGGACCUGCCCGCCCUCAAGGCCGCCGUGGUCGGGGCCUGUGCCGCCAGCGCCGCCCUCGUCGCCUGCCUCCUCUUCCGCGUCCUCAGGUCUGGCAGGAAGAUGAAGAAAACCCGCAAAUAUGACAUCAUUACAACACCAGCCGAACGGGUGGAAAUGGCCCCCCUCAAUGAAGAUGACGACGAGGAUGAAGAUUCCACAGUGUUUGAUAUCAAAUACAGGUGAGGCUCUUGCACCUUCCCAUCAGGAACAAUUAUUCUUGUGAAGAACCUGGGAACAGCCUCGGAUGCAGAGAUGAACUGGAGAACAAUUGGUGUCAGUGAAAUUCCCAUGUUCUCUCCUUCCAAACAUACAUGAAAUUAUGAUGGAUUUGGCAGCAGGCAACUGGACAUCCCAGUCAUGACUACUAUGUUCUUGGAUACCAAAUUAAGAACUGGAAGAUGCUUGAGUCUGCUUUUCAGACCAAGGACUACGGGUUUGUUUUGUUACAGCUUUGGAUACUCAUAGCAAAGCACAUAUUUCAGUUUCUAAACCAACCCCGAGCCCUACGAAUAAGACUGCAAGGCUUCGCUUGAAGACUCUGUGACACUCAAUAAAAUCUAUGUUGUCAACUAGGGGUUAAGUUUCCCACUGCACCGAAAAAUCUCUGGGACUGUGGUCAGCAAAAUCCUUUGAUAGUUGGGCACUGGCGUCUGUGAACUGUGGGAAAAUGGUUAGUCUGGUGUUGGGGAGACUCCUGUGUUUCUUGGUUUGGUGCAGCUUUCCUGUGAUUUACUACUGGUGAUAACACUUGCACUACGAUGAUCGAUUUCGCAAUAUGUUUUCUUCUAUUUGUUUGGGGAUUUUUUCCCCUCCAAAGAGUGGGAGAGAAAGCUGGAGAAAUCCUUCUAAAGGUUCAGCUCUAGACAUCCAAUUUAUGGCAGAAGGAAAUACAUUGUUGCAACUUGCUGUGGUUCUUUUCCUAUUUCCGUUCUGUACGAAUCUGAAUCUCACAGGGUGGCUGAAGUGGGGCUCUCUAGAUUGUGAUGGACUGGAACUCCCAUCAGCCACGACAGGCAGGAGUGCAGAAUACUGGGAAUUUUAGUUCAGCAAUAUCUGGAAAGCCACAGAUUGCUCUCCUCUGCCUUAAGAGUCUGUGCGAGUGAGUGGAUGGCUGGCUGGCUGUAUGUAUGUGUGGAAGGAUGGGUAGAUGAAUGCAUGGAUGGAUGGAUGGAUGGAUAGAUAGAUAGAAGGAAAGAUGGAUGGAUGGAUGUGUGGAAGGAUGGAUGGAUAGAUAGAUGGAUGGAUGGAGAGAAGGAAAGAUGGAUGGAUGGAUGGAUGGAUGGAAGGAAGGAUGAAUGGAUGGGUAGAUGGAUUCAUGAAUGGAUGGAUGGAUGCAUGGAAGGAAAGAAGGAAAGAUGGAUGGAUGGAUGUGUGGAAGGAUGGGUAGAUGGAUGCAUGAAUGGAUGGAAGGAAAGAAGGAAAGAUAGAUGGAUGUGUUCAGCUUGCUGCAACCUUCCCUUUUCUCCAAUAUUACAUUUUAUGUCAAUGGUGUCCAGCCUUUGGUCCUCCAGGUGGUGUUUGGGACUCCAUCUCCCAGAAGCCCUGGCCAGUUUAUCCAGUGGUCAAUGGUUCUGGGAAAUCUUGGAAGAUCCAAGGUUGGACUCCACUACUUUAGGACAAUCAGCAGUGAGGCAAUGUAGCUUUUUGGCUUUGUACUCCUACCCAAAGAAUCUUGUUUUCAACCAAAAACCGUAUCUAACAUCCUGGUUGAUUUGGCUUUCUUUCUGGGACCAAGUUUUUGCAAAGUGAGGUGCACAUCAAGGCAGAAUAUCUGGGUGUUGUUGUUUCUCCAUGCAAGAGCACAACUGUCAGUGUAUCUCUUUUCUAAAGCUGCUUCUCUUCUCCAAGACCGCACCUGUUGUGGAUGCUCUCUCUCAAUAAUAUGCAGCUUAUAAUUUACAUACCUAUUGUAAUUCCAUGUGUUUGUGUAUGCAUUCCUAUUUUUGGCCUCUUUUCUUCAAAAUUGGGGUGUUACAGGUGGGUAGUAUCAGAGAUAUAGCAUUGGCAUAAUAUCUUUCUUGCACCUCAUGGACUUCUGUGCCAUUCUUGGGACGGGAACUGAAAAAUACUUCUGGCUGGUGAUUGGAGGCAGACAAUGUAUUGUUAUCCCUUUACUGCCACACAGAUUUCUUUCCCAGCAUUUGUCCCUCCCAGCAUUUCCCAACCUCAUGCAUUGACUUUCUAACUUCUGCACACACUUUGGUUGGGAGUGAGCAUUGUUCUACAGACUCGCCCAUCCAUUGGGAUACAUCUGCACUCUAGCAGAUGUAUCCCACUUUCAACAACCAUGGCUGAAUGCUGUGAGGUAUUGGGAUUUGAAGUUUGGUGAGGCGCCAGCUCUUUUUGACAGAGAAAGUUGUAGACCUUGCAAAACUACAUCUCCCAGGAUUCCAUAGCAUUGAGCCACGGUAGUUAAAGCAGUGUCAAACUGCAUUAAUUCUACAGUGUAAAUGCAUCCUUAGUGAAGAGUUUUGGAGCAGAUCAUCUAGCUAUAACUCAGAGUGGGCAACUGCAGGAUGGACACGGCUAUUGUUUGCCCUUGUGCCAUUCCUGGAGCCCACAUUGCAUUUCUAAACAUACCCGAUCUGGUUUCAUUUGAGACCAUUUUCAAUCAGAAGCCUUUCAUACAGCUAUAGGACUAUCAUUCCACCAUUAACUACUAUGGAGUCUUGGGAUUUGUAGUUUGAUGGGGCACUAGAGCUCUCUGUCAGAGCAUUCCAAAUUGCAAAGCCUCAAGUCCUAGGAGUGUAUGACACUUAAAGUGGGAUCGAAGUGCUACAAUUGGUAACUUCCCAAGGUUUCCAAUAUUUUAGUGGUUUUAAAGUGUACAGAAAGUAUAAGGAUUGAAGGCUUACAACCAUUGUUGAGCCAAAUCAGUUGGCAUCACAAGUCUGACAAUGUGUGUCUCAUCAGCCAGCUUUUCUCCAUCUGUGCUCACUAACUGUAUACAUGUGUUUGAUUUUUUUUGUCUCAAAUGGGUAAUCAUAUUAGUACUUUAAUUCUUUGACAUCGUGGCCAUGUUUUCUCUGUAUUUCCUUGUCCCCGGGAAAAAAUCCUGAGUGUUAAUCUUUUUUGUUAAUGUCAACUGAUGUAUGUUUUGCCUUCUGGCAAUUAAUUUUGAUAAGUUUUCAUGGCGAAUUGUAUCCGCGUUCUUGCUUUUGUUACACAGUGGCGAAACGUUCAUCCUUGUAAAGGUUCGCUGAUGAACACAGGUUGAUUUCCUUAUCUUA